GUUUCUAAAUGCAUGCUCAAAAGUUCUAAAUGCAUGCUCAAAAGUUCUAAAUGCAUGCUCAAGUUUCUAAAUGCAUGCUCAAAAGUUCUAAAUGCAUGCUCAAAAGUUUCUAAAUGCAUGCUCCAAAGUUCUAAAUGCAUGCUCAAAAGUUUCUAAAUGCAUGCUCAAAAGUUCUAAAUGCAUGCUCAGAAGUUCUAAAUGCAUACUUUAAAUACCUGAUGGAAAGGCAAGUCAUUUCAUCUGUUAUUACUGGGUUGUUGUUGGUUUUUGGGAAGGGUGUUGAGGGGUGGGAGUUUUCCCACAGUAUAUUUUGGAGAUGCAUCAGUAUUUCUCAGAGUUUUAAAAUAUGAAAUGCAUGUUGUUAAAGCCCCAUCAGCAGUUAGCUAGCCCCAAUGCAUGUUGUUAUAGCCCCAACUAGCGAUUAGCUAGCCCCAAUGCAUGUUGUUAUAGCCCCAUUGCAUAUUGUUAUAGCCCCAACCAGCGGUUAGCUAGCCCCAAUGCAUGUUAUUAUAGCCCCCAACAAGCAGUUAGCUAGCCCCAAUGCAUGUUGUUAUAGCCCCAACCAGCAGUUAGCUAGCCCCUAUACAUGUUGUUAUAGCCCCAUUGCAUAUUGUUAUAGCCCCAACCAGCGGUUAGCUAGCCCCAAUGCAUGUUGUUAUAGCCCUAACCAGCGGUUAGCUAGCCCCAAUGCAUGUUGUUAUAGCCCCAAUGCAAGUUGUUAUAGCCCUAACCAGCUGUUAGCUAGCCCCAAUGCAUGUUGUUAUAGACCCAAUGCAUGUUAUAGCCCCAACCAGCGGUUAGCAAGCCCCAAACCAGUGGUUAGCUGUGUUUGCAGCAGAUAUUUGUGAUAAAUGGAUUGAUUAAAAAAUAAGAUUCAUUGAUUUAUUGUUUGCUUCUCUAUAUGUUUGACACAACAAGCUUAAUACAUUAAUACAUGAGUAGAUCAAUACCUAUUGUAAUGGGC